CAUGGAGGCGGCGCUGAAUAACUUGUCGAGUACGGUCGAGUUGCUGGCGGUGGCGGCGAGGAGUGGUGACGUUCGUCUCUGGGACCUGCAGUCUCUCUCUCGGGCUUUUCACUGGGCCUGCUACUGCGAGCACCUUUUCUCAAAGUUCCACCAAAACCCCAAUAUAAGAGGGAUUAUGGAGAUGCAACUGCAGCACACAAAUAACAGUUUGCGAGCUGUCUUCGCUGACUACGCAGACCUCUCCUUUUUGGACCUGUCACAAUGCCAGCACCUUUUGCUAACAGGGCUCCUGAACAACCCUAAUCUCCCCCUCUCCAUCAUGAAGAUACUUUUUGACACCAAAAAGCCAGCAACCAUCAAACCAGGAGAGUAUCAGGAUGUCACGGGGCUUUGCAGUCACAUCAUUCAAUGCAAAUCUGCUUAUAAAAUCUUAAAUCCUCUCACGGGUCAGUCAGAAGCCGGUGUUGAGGUGCAGGGCGCCAUGUUGAUGGAGAGCCUUCACGCCCUGCUGAGCCGAGGAGGCGAAGCUUGCCGGGCGCAGCGUUUUCUUGACGCUGUCCUCCUGGGAUGCAAAGAAGCAGAACAUUUGUGUUUGGUCCUCGCUGCCGCUUUGCUGACUGGAGGAAAUGCGCAUGCACAAAUCGCUCCAGUGGAUUUUCUUCAGGACUGGCUCCAGCAAAAACACAGCCUGCUGCAGCACAUGUGCUUCACACUGCCUACAUCUCUUCUGAAAGACCUGGCCAAAGAACAUGUCAAAUUUAGGGACAUGUACUGCGCUGUUCUUAAAAAAUGGGCUGCAGAUAUGGAGUACUGCGUCGAUGAAGGCAAAUGGGUGCAAAGCAGCACAAGUCCCAAAGUGUCUUUUCGGGAAGUGACUGAGCACUUUGUGGUCUUGCUGGAGGCAUGUCCCACUUUGGGGAGAACUGUGGAAAAAGAGCUGAAUGAUUUGAAGAUAUCUGAUGGAGACUUUGAUGUCAGAGGACUAAGUGUGUGGGGAGAUCUCUUAACAGAAAUACACAAGUGUCAGUCGCAGCUAGAUGGAUAGUUUCACAACUGUGGUCAACCAUUUAGCAUUUUGUCUCAAUCCGUACACUGAAUUGAUACCAUACCCUCAAUUUUAAGGGAAGUCAAUCCCUCAUGAAUGAGAAUAGAAUGAAUGUUAGUCGUAAAAAAAAAAAAAAAAAAAAGGACUGCAGUGAAUCUCACUGUAAGCUGUUUCAAAUAUUUUGACCCACUCAUGGAAGCAAAAAAAAAAAAAAAAAACAAUAUACAAAAAAACUGGAAAUACAUCCACCCCUCCAUUUUUCUAUAGCACACCCUAAGUUGGAGCCUGUACAAGUUUACUGGGUGAGAGGCAGUUAGUCAGAGGGCAUACGUAGACAAACAACCAGUCACACCUACAUUCACACCAAUGCACAAUGUAGUCAAUCGAAAAUGCAUGUUUUUGGACAGUAGGAGGAAAGCAGAGUGCCCAGAGAAAAUACAAAUGGGCGAGAGCGUGCAAACACCCACGGCAAGGCCUGAACACUGAUUUGAACCCAGAACAUCAGAAUUGUGAGGCAGAUGUGCUGCCCACUUGAGGAAGGCGUUAAAAUAAAAAUAUAAUCCAUCCAUUUUCUACACCGCUUAUCCUCACUGGGGUCACGGGUAUGCUGGAGCCUAUCCCAGUUACCUGCGGGAGAGAGGCUGGGUACACCCUGAACUGGUGGCCAGCCAGUCGCAGGACACAUAUAAACAAUCAAUCAUUCACACCUAUGGGCAAUUUAAUCUUCAAUUAACCAAUCAUGCAUGUUUUUGGGAUGUGGGAGGUAGAGAACUGGAUAGCACACCCACCUCACAGUUCUGAAUACCCGGGUUCAAAUCCGGCCUCACGUGUGUGCGGAGUUUGCAUGUUCUCCCCGUGCCUGUGUGGGUUUUCUCCGGGUAAUCCGGUUUCCUCCCACAUCCCCAAAAACAUGCAUGGUAGGUUAAUUGAAGACUAAAUUGUCCAUAGGUGUGACUGUGUGUGUGAAUGGUUGUUUGUCUAUAUGUUCCCUUCUAUUGGCUGGUGACCAGUUCAGGGUGUGUACCCUGCCUCUCGUUCCAGAGUUAGCGCUGAGAUAGGCUCCAGCACGCCCGCGACCCUAGUGACGAUAAGUAGUAUGGAAAAUGGAUGGCUACUGUAUAAUGCUUUGCAGCAAAGAAAGGCUGUAGCCUUGUCUAAUUGGAAAACAGUGUUCUGCAGCCAUCUAAUGGCAUCUAUUGGCAAUUACAAACCUUUCGAUUGGCUGUCAAUUUCCGAUUUUUGCAAUUCACCACAGGACUCAGCCCCUAUCCUCCACGAACAGUGGCAGUUUACUGUAGUUAUAUUUAAAAAAAGAUGUUUUCAAAUAAUAAUCAAUUAAUGAUAUUUAUUUUUUUCCAGUCAAUAAAGGAAAUCUAGUCAAAUGCCCAUCCCUGGUAUUGCUAAAACUAUUAUGACCGUCAAUCAAAAUUGAGCAUUAUUACAGGCAGUUUUGACACAGCUCUUGUUAGAUAGGUCAGGUUUACCUAAUUUCGCUAAUGCAGGGGUCACCAACCUUUCUGAAGGUUCUUGGGUAUGGAUUCAUGCUACCAGUUUGAUACACAUCUCUGAAAUAACAAAUUUGCUUAUAUUACCUUUAUUUGUGUGUAAAAUGAUACUCAAACAAUGUUUCAAGGAAAUCACUGGUAAGCAAUUUCUAGAACAGAACUGUCCUUCACCCCUGUGGUAAUGCCUUAACUAACUGUAAUUCUGUUAUCUAAAAUCUAAAAAGUAAAACAUACACUGUAUCAUCACAGGCUUUCGUGUAACCAAACGUCAUGUGACUCCAAGUCAGCCAGUGAAUUGUUCACACUAAAUGAGUUUGUGGAGAUGUAUGGCAAGCAGCACUUUUAUUUUUAUUUUAUUUUUGUGUGUGUGUAUGGUGUGGGCAAUGUUGCAGCCCUUGAUUUAUGACAUGAUAUAAUGCUGUAAAACACAAGGUGUCAUACAAACUGGUAUGGAUGGAAGGAAUGAAAUUGUUCAUCCAACUAAAGUCACUCGCUAAAUUGCA